CGCAGGCUGUCUCACGCGAAUCCAGCGGUCGUGCUCGCCGCGAUCAAGGUGAUCCUGAUGUGCAUGGAGUACAUUGACAACAAUGAGGUGCUGCGGAUGCUGGCGAAGAAGCUCAACCCGCCUCUGGUCACUCUGCUCUCCAGCGAGCCCGAGUGCCAGUACGUGUCGCUGCGCAACAUUCGCCUGAUCGUCCAGCGGCGUCCAGGCAUCCUGGCUGCGGACGUCAAGAUGUUUUUCUGCAAGUACAACGACCCCGUCUACGUGAAGAUGGAGAAGGUUGACAUCAUGGUCAUGCUUGUCACGGAGAAGAACUUCGAGCAGGUGCUGCUCGAGCUGAAGGAGUACGCGUCUGGCGUCGAUGUGGACUUCGUGAGGAAGUCGGUCCGUUCCAUCGGCCGUGUUGCGGUGAAGCUGGAGAGGGCGUGCGAAAGAGCGAUCAGCGUGCUUCUGGAGCUCAUCGAGACCAAGGUCAAUUAUGUGGUGCAGGAGGCGAGCGUUGUUGUCAAGGAC